AUGGUCCGUCAAACGACAUCUUCUGGUGGCGAUACGAUCAAAGCUGUUCUUUUGAAGCUGUCACCAGAAUUUGAAGACCUAUGCGAACUGAGAACCAAGGUAGCUACCAUCCGUGCCGCAGACGCCUUUUUCGACGGGCAAGCAGGACUCAAUGCAUGGCAAACGACGCGCCACCCAGAAAGACUCCUUCUAGACAUCCUCGGGCCUUCGAUCGCCGCCCUUGACGUCGAGACUGACAUCCUCAAUAUUCCGCCAAGUCAAGACGGCACUCCACCGCGCGUGCUUGACCUCACCCCCGCGCCCAGCGCAUUCACCGUCGCGGUUGCCAGACGCAACCCCAACGCGCAGAUCAGCGGCUUAGUCCGCCCUGGCGCGGUCGCCGACAUGAAUGAGGUGCCAGAGUACACCAAUAACCCGAGACCGCCGCAUGCCAUCUCCGAGAUGGCGCUGCAUGUUCUGGGCCCAGAUGCCUGGGGUCGUGUGGCCCCCAUUUCCAUCACAGACCGCAAUCGACACGCUGGGGACGCGAACGGGGAGCUACUCCUCGAGACGGGGGCCUGUCGGACAGGGCGGCAGCCGCUACAGCAGACCAACAUACCAACUAUUUACAUGCAGCACAUCCAAGACGUCGUGUGCAUCUCAGAGGACGCGGUCGAGUCAGACAGCGAGGUAGCCCGUAUCCGCGACGCAGGCAUGUCCGCGACGGACCCGUUUCAGGGUCAGCGGUUCGACUUUGUGUUUGCAAGCGCCGGCGGCGAGGUGGGCCCCGUGCGGACCAUGGGCCGGCGGCACUACGACAGACUCCUGCGCGGCAGCCCGAGGGAGGCGGAUGAGGGUGAGGGCUAG